ACGCAACAUAACCGGCCAGCUGAUAAUGUCUGAAACGUAGUUUAUACACAAAAAAACAAUAAAAUAUAAAUAUAAAGCAUAGCACAUCAACAAUUAUGAUGUGGGAUUACGACGACGAUUACUACCUUGAAGAGGAUAAGCUAAAGCCGAGCGAGCAAUCGUCUCGCAAAUCGACGACAACGACGCCGACAGCAAACAAUAUUGAUAGCGUCGUUAGCGUCGAAAGCGUUCAAACAAAUGAUGCUAAAACCACUAAUACUGACGAUGAGUGUGGUGUUAUCGAUGACGACGAGGAACAAGCCGAGUGCCUGUUGUUCGAAGCGCAGAGUACGAUAAUGAGAGAAAACACCAUGGGUAUGACCGUGACAUCCGGCACGGUGGCCAUUAAAAAGGAUGCAAACAAUCUGAUCGGCAUCAGUAUCGGCGGCGGCGCUCCGCUUUGUCCUUGUUUGUACAUCGUGCAAAUAUUUGACAACACCGCUGCUGCAAAGGAUGGUACUUUACAGUCUGGCGAUGAGUUGGUUUCCGUUAACGGACAACCGGUUAAAGGAAAAACUAAGGUGGAAGUGGCAAAAAUGAUUCAAGCAGCGAAAGAUGAAGUAGUUAUUAAUUAUAAUAAACUCCACGCAGAUCCACAACAAGGCAAAUCUUUAGACAUAGUUCUAAAAAAAGUAAAACAUAGAUUAGUGGAAAACAUGAGUUCUUCAACGGCAGAUGCUCUGGGCCUAUCCAGAGCAAUUUUAUGCAAUGACACUUUAGUCAAAAAACUACAAGAGUUGCAAGAAACUGAAUUGAUGUACAGAGGACUCGUAGAACACUGCGAACGUGUGCUUAAAGCUCACUUUGAUAUGUCUUUGGCAGUCAAACAAAUGGGAGAAGUUUUCGCUGAAUUAGCCGUACGUGAACCUCAGCCUCGAGCUUCGGAAGCCUUCCGUUUGUUUGCCGAGCAACAUCGGAAUAUGGAGCGAAUGGAGUACGAGAUGUUGAAGGCUGUCAAACCAGUAUUAUCUGAUAUGGGCACUUAUCUAUACAAAGCCAUACCGGAUACGAGGCUUACAGUCAAGAAGUACGCUGACGCCAAGUUCGAGUACUUGGCGUAUUGUCUGAAAGUCAAAGAAAUGGACGAUGAAGAAUGCAGUUAUGCGGCGAUCCAAGAGUCUCUUUAUCGUGUAGAGACAGGAAACUAUGAGUACAGGUUAAUCCUAAGAUGUCGGCAAGCAGCUCGUGCAAAGUUUGCACGUUUACGGUCAGACGUGCUCGUGAAAAUGGAACUUUUAGACAACAAACACGUCCAAUCACUCGGUGGACACUUGGCUAAACUAAUUCAAGGCUUUGCUGACCUGCACGGCAACUUGUUGACACUUCUUAAUGGUCCAGCGCUUUUCCCCGUCGAGGUUGACUUGUCCAACAAUGCGUUUCAAUACAAAUCAACAACACCAAUCACAACUGAACCAUAUGAAGACGAGAUAGAAAAUGGCGUCGAGGUACAAGAUGGCGUUGAUGUAUUGGAAACAACCGACGCUACAACUGAUGAAAUACCAACUACACCUAGCGCAUCACUAAUACCUGAUUUAGAUGAUUUUGUUUCAAAGGAAGAAGAAGAACCUGAUUAUAACAUGAUGGACAAUCUAACCCUACUUUCAACCUUGAAUUUAAGAGAUGUCAGUCCUAAUUCGGCGAGUAGUACAAGCAACAGCAACUCUACCGAAGGAAAUUUAUUACCAGAUCUAAUAAAUUAACAAAACCUUGCGGUUGUGUACGUCCACUCAUGCGGUUGACAUAUUUUAUAAAUGAUUUUAUCAAUUUAUAUAUCGUAGUUGUAAAAACAAUGAAAACUAUUCGUAAUUUAUUGAAUAUAUUAAUCUAUUGAUCAA